AUGCAGCUCGCCGAGGAGGAGGCCGCUGGCGCCAUGGAGCCCGCUGGGGAGGCGGCCGCAACCGAGUUGCUGCCAGUGCCCGCUGAAGGCGAGACCGCGCAGGACAAGCAGCAGCCGCCUGCGCCGCUCGGCGCUCGGCGGCUGUGCGAGGGGUACGCCUUGGCACAGGCUAUGGGGCGAAAGCUGAGGGCCAAGCAGGAGAGCGGCAUUUGCGUCUUCUCGACGGUGAAGCCAGGGCUUCGCGCGAGAGCACCAGGCGGCCAUUGCGUGUUCUGUACGCCAGAGCGCAUGAAGGAGGCCGCUGGGAAUCCAACCAAGCAGAUGCACGUAGUUUCCGCUCUGAAGAAGUUCGAGCAGGAGAAGCCCGCGGCAGAGAAUCAGAAGCCCGAGAUCUACCAGAAGGCGAUGAGCAGGCUCCGCAGGCACCUGACCGUGGAGGAGUUCAAGACCAUUGUGACGCCGAAGCACUGCUGCCGCGGAGCUGGCGCAGACAUGUGCAUCUUCAACACCCAAUUGCCGGGGAAGCCUGCGCGUGUGAAGAAGAGCGACAACAGCUUGUGCAGUUGGUGCGAUCCUGGGCGGCUGCGCACCAUGCGCGCCUGCGGCGCGGGCGGCGUCCUGACGCAGUUGGAAGCUUUCCGCGCGAAGGACCCAGUCGUGUCGGCAAAGGCGAUGGCGAUCGCGAAGGACAUCUUCGGGGACGACUACAGAGCGAAAUUGCAGCAGAAGCGCAACAGGGCGAACCAGCAGGGAGCACAGCACCCGCGACGCAAGGGCGAGCAGAAGGAGCAGUGGGCCGAGGCUCUGCAGAAGCGACAGCUGCAGAUGGCGUCGCCCCAUAGGGAACACGAAGCGCGGAAGAGGUACCGCGCUGACGUACUGGCCGACCAGAAGAAGGUCAUGAACUCGUUCUUCCCUGAGGAGGCGGAGAGGAGGCCGCGCGGGCGCGCGGACGAGGUCCCGAAGCCAGAGGACGUGCUCCCGCCGCUGAAGGACGCGACCCACUCCGAUCUGUCGGCGGGGCUGCGGUCAUGGUUGGAGCGCGGUUCCUGGGGUAAGUGCAGGACCUGCGGUUGCUUGCAGCCGCGGCCGAUGCACGAAAUCGACUUGGCGGGCGACCCGAAGGUGGAGAUACCGCAGAGGCAGUGUCGACGAUGCAACGCUGGGCGGGACUACUGGGCGCCCUGUCCUGACGACGUCCCGAAGCCGCUCCGCAAUCUCUCAGAGGACAUCGUGCAGGCUCUGAGACCCAUCGACAUCGACGUGGGGCCGGAGACGCGCUCUACGGACAGCCUGGGCCGCUGGAACGGGUACCGCAAGAAGGUUAAGAUGGUGACGUUCUACUUCUCCAAAUGGCGCGUCGUUGACAAAAUCAACGGACUUGAAGGGAAGGAUACCCGGAGUACGGCCCGAAAGGCUCACAGGUACCUCAUGUCUUGCGACGAGUCUGCGUACCGGCGGUUCCACGAUAUGCACGAGACAUUCAUGAACAAGCACGGAGAGGACGCUGAGGACAGGAAACGCAGGCGGCCGUAUCAUUUCCUGCAGGAAGUUGGCCUCGAAUGCGCCCUGUGGCCGCAGCUGUAUUGGCGCGAGGACAUGACAGAGACCCACGAGCAAUGGUCCGACGUGCGCCGCGAGGAGAACCGCGAGGCGAAGGACCCGAAGAAGAAGCGCGCCAGGUACGGCGACGACAGCGAGGAGUCGGCCUGCGAGGAUGGAGAGGAAGACGAGGAAAGCGGCGGUCAGCGCACGAGCGUGAAGCGCUCGUUUAUAGCCAAGUGCAUGUCUGACCUGAUCGGCUACCAAGGCAAUUUCGAACUCCUCCAGUUCGUCUUCGACUUGAACUUGUGGGCCACUCUGGGCGCGAAGAAGAACCUGAAUCUUGAGAACGUACCCAUGCGCAUCCGCAUGAAGGGCCAUCCCUUCUCCCCGCUUUACUGGAAGGACACGCUGAACGCGUUGGUGGAUCUCGUGCGACAGGUUGGCCUUCCGAAGCUCUUCUUCACGAUAGCGCCGUGGGAGCAGUCAUUCCCGUACCACGAGUGGCUCCGCGACGAGAUGUACAAGACGCUGAAGACGCGAAUGCAUCUGCCCGUGGGCGAGACCCUGCACAUCACCCAUUCGCUCAUGCAGAUUGUCCGCGGGGUGAUUGCGGGAAACAACCAGCAGAGCCAGGGCCGGGCGGACCGAAGAUGGAAGAAGCAUGUGUUCUCGAGCAAGACCGACGACGGCGUCGCGAACAAGAGUGUCAUCUCGUUCACGCGCGUGGAGUUCCAGGAUGGCAGCCGCAAAGAGGGGGCGAAGCGCUACGACGGAUCUGGGCGGCCGCAUUUGCACGUGCUCUUCUUCGCCGACGAAGACGCCUUGGCUGACGCAAAGCUCGAGCAGCACCUCUUCGCUUCGAAGAGCGACGAGUUCAGCGACCACCUCAAGGGCUACAUCGACGGCUCCCAGUUGGACAAGCGCGGCGAGUCGGAGAGCAAGUGGCCCGUGUACAAUGGAGAGCCAGGGUACCACGUCCAGGCAGAGAAGCUGCUGCUCCAGCAUUCCAGUGCCGACAAAGAAGCUGGCCUGCGCGCCUUCUGCGUGGACGUCAUGGACGCGGUUCCGAUUCACCAGGAUUGGUUGGAAUCGGAUGGGGAGUCGCUCCUCUUGCAAUACGUCACCAAAUAUGUCGCCAAGUUUUCAGAUUCGAGCUACGAUGAGUGGAUGAGUGACCAGGCCUCCGCGGACAGCGUGGCUCGCAGGGUUUGCUUCGAGUACCACCCGUACGAGCCCGAAAUGAUUUUGCAGCUCUGCGGCGCGCAGUACCGCCAGGUGGACCUCUCGACGGCGAGCGGGGGCUGGAAGUCAGUGACGGCUCCUUACGCUGGCAUGCAGGAGACACCCGCGUGGGUGAAGAAGUACGAGAGCUGCUCGUGGCGCAACGAGGAGAUGUGCUUGCUGGACUGGCUGCGUAAGACGAACGAUUCUGGCGAGAUCGCGGGCUGGCUCAAGGCUCGCCACCAGAAGGCCGUGUACGAUGCCGCGUACCAGCAUCACUGCGGCACGCUGACGCCUGGCACAGAGCCGCCGUCGCAGACUGCAUUUCGAACCGAUCUGCGGAAGCAGUACAAGCAGAGCGACGAGAGCGCCCCCUUCGUAGACUGGAUGAAGGAGAUAUCCGUGCGCGCGGGCGCGAGCGUGGCCGACUUCCCGACGCUGGAGGAGUACGCGCGGACUUACACUGUCAGAGGAGAGAAGAUAGUGGCGGUGGACACGGUGUUCGAAUUCAACGAUCGUUACUACGGCCAGUGGGCGGCGAUGAACGUCCCGUUCCGGAAAUUGGAGGAUUUGCAGUGUGAGGUGGUGCAGAGGCUCGUGCCAUCGAAGUAUCAGCAUCUCGCCACAGCGCUGAAACUCUGCAGCGAUCGUCAGAGAGUGUCCGAGGAGUUCCAGGACAUCUUUGUCGACCAGGCGAAGUUCAUGAAUCUUAUGAAGGUCGCUGGCAAUUCCCAGAAAUUCAGCGAAGCCGUGCAUCGCAUGAUCGUCGGGCAGAGAAAGCUCAUCGACAUGUACCUCACGGGCGUGCUGAACAAGGAGGACGAGAAAGGUGGACUGGACGCCGAGGCCGUGGCGAUGGGCAACCGAAGACCCAGGCGCACUCUGGGCACUAUCUCCGAGCUAUCUUUGAAGGACGCCACAGACGGCGUGCCGCGGGCGCUCGUGAGCGCUAUCUCCGAGCUAUCUUUGAAGGGCGCCACCGUCGGCGCCUUCGCUGAAGCCUUUGCGGCCGCUGCGGCCGCCGCCCACGCCAGGCGUGCCUCGGGCGCUCGUGAGCGCUAUCUCCGAGCUAUCUUUGAAGGCGUGCCUCGGGCGCUCGUGAGCGCUAUCUCCGAGCUAUCUUUGAAGGACGCCACAGUCGGCGCCUUCGCUGUAGCCUUUGCGGCCGCUGCGGCCGCCGCCCACGCCAGGCGUGCCUCGGGCGCUCGUGAGCGCUAUCUCCGAGCUAUCUUUGAAGGCGUGCCUCGGGCGCUCGUGAGCGCUAUCUCCGAGCUAUCUUUGAAGGACGCCACAGUCGGCGCCUUCGCUGUAGCCUUUGCGCCCGCUGCGGCCGCCGCCCACGCCAGGCGUGCCUCGGGCGCUCGUGAGCGCUAUCUCCGAGCUAUCUUUGAAGGCGUGCUUCGGGAGCCCGUCAGCGCUAUCUCCGAGCUCUCUUUGAAGGACGCCACCGUCGGCGCCAUCGCUGUAGCCUUUGCGCCCGCUGCGGCCGCCGCCCACGCCAGGCGUGCCUCGGGCGCUCGCGAGCGCUAUCUCCGAGCUAUCUUUGAAGGCGUGCCUCGGGCGCUCGUGAGCGCUAUCUCCGAGCUAUCUUUGAAGGACGCCACAGUCGGCGCCUUCGCUGUAGCCUUGCGGCCGCUGCGGCCGCCGCCCACGCCAGGCGUGCCUCGGGCGCUCGUGAGCGCUAUCUCCGAGCUAUCUUUGAAGGACGCCACAGUCGGCGCCUUCGCUGUAGCCUUUGCGCCCGCUGCGGCAGCCGCCCACGCCAGGCGUGCCUCGGGCGCUCGUGAGCGCUAUCCCCGAGCUAUCUUUGAAGGCGUGCCUCGGGCGCUCGUGAGCGCUAUCUCCGAGCUAUCUUUGAAGGACGCCACAGUCGGCGCCUUCGCUGUAGCCUUUGCGCCCGCUGCGGCCGCAACCCACGCCAGGCGUGCCUCGGGCGUGCCUCGGGCGCUCGUGCGCGCUAUCUCCGAGCUGUCAUUGAAGGACGCCACAGUCGGCGCCUUCGCUGUAGCCUUUGCGGCCGCUGCGGCCGCCGCCCACGCCAGCGUGCCUCGGGCGCUCGUGCAGCGCUUAUCCCGGAGCUAUCUGUUGAAGGAACUCCACAGCGUGCCUCGGGCGCUCGUGAGCGCCAUCUCCGAGCUAUCUUUGAAGGACGCCACAGUCGGCGCCUUCGCUGUAGCCUUUGCGCCCGCUGCGGCCGCCGCCCACGCCAGGCGUGCCUCGGCGCUCCGGGCGCUCGUGGCGCUAUCUCCGAACUAUCUUUGCGUGCCUCGGGCGCUCGUGAGCGCUAUCUCCGAGCUAUCUUUGAAGGACGCCACAGUCGGCGCCUUCGCUGUAGCCUUUGCGCCCGCUGCUGCCGCCGCCCACGCCAGGCGUGCCUCGGGCGCUCGUGAGCGCUAUCUCCGAGCUAUCUUUGAAGGCGUGCCGCGGGCGCCCGUGAGCGCUAUCUCCGAGCUAUCUUUGAAGGGCGCCACAGUCGGCGCCUUCGCUGUAGCCUUUGCGCACGCUGCGGCCGCCGCCCACGCCAGGCGUGCCUCGGGCGCUCGUGAGCGCUAUCUCCGAGCUAUCUUUGAAGGCGUGCCUCGGGCGCUCGUGAGCGCUAUCUCCGAGCUAUCUUUGAAGGACGCCACAGUCGGCGCUUUCGCUGUAGCCUUUGCGCCCGCUGCGGCCGCCGCCCACGCCAGGCGUGCCUCGGGCGCUCGUGAGCGCUAUCUCCGAGCUAUCUUCGAAGGCGUGCCUCGGGCGCUCGUCAGCGCUAUCUCCGAGCUAUUUUUGGAGGACGCCACAGUCGGCGCCUUCGGUGUAGCCUUUGCGGCCGCUGCGGCCGCAACCCACGCCGGGCGUGCCUCGGGCGCUCGUGAGCGCUAUCUCCGAGCUAUCUUUGAAGGCGUGCCUCGGGCGCUCGUGAGCGCUAUCUCCGAGCUAUCUUUGAAGGACGCCACAGUCGGCGCCUUCGCUGUAGCCUUUGCGCCCGCUGCGGCCGCCGCCCACGCCAGGCGUGCCGCGGGCGCUCGUGAGCGCUAUCUCCUAGCUAUCUUUGAAGGCGUGCCUCGGGCGCUCGUGAGCGCUAUCUCCGAGCUAUCUUUGAAGGACGCCACAGUCGGCGCCUUCGCUGUAGCCUUUGCGACCGCUGCGGCCGCCGCCCACGCCAGGCGUGCCUCGGGCGCUCGUGAGCGCUAUCUCCGAGCUAUCUUUGAAGGCGUGCCUCGGGCGCUCGUGAGCGCUAUCUCCGAGCUAUCUUUGAAGGACGCCACCGUCGGCGCCUUUGCUCUAGCCUUUGCGCCCGCUGCGCCUCGGGCGCUCGUGAGCGCUAUCUCCGAGCUAUCUUUGAAGGACGCCACAGUCGGCGCCUUCGCUGUAGCCUUUGCGCCCGCUGCGGCCGCCGCUUACGCCAGGCGUGCCUCGGGCGCUCGUGAGCGCUAUCUCCGAGCUAUCUUUGAAGGCGUGCCUCGGGCGCCCGUGAGCGCUAUCUCCGAGCUAUCUUUGAAGGACGCCACAGUCGGCGCCUACGCUGUAGCCUAUGCGGCCGCUGCGGCCGCAACCCACGCCAGGCGUGCCUCAAGCGCUCCUCAGCGCUUCUCCGAGCUAUCUUUGAAGGACGCCACAGUCGGCGCCUUCGCUGUAGCCUUUGCGCGCCCGCUGCGGCCGCGGCCCACGCCAGGCGUGCCUCGGGCGCUCGUGAGCGCUAUCUCCGAGCUAUCUUUGAAGGACGCCACAGUCGGCGCCUUCGCUGUAGCCUGGCGCCCGCUGCGGCCGCCGCCCACGCCAGGCGUGCCUCGGGCGCUCGUGAGCGCUAUCUCCGAGCUAUCUUUGAAGGACGCCACAGUCGGCGCCUUCGCUGUAGCCUUUGCGCCCGCUGCGGCCGCGGCCCACGCCGGGCGUGCCUCGGGCGCUCGUGAGCGCUAUCUCCGAGCUAUCUUUGAAGGCGUGCCUCGGGCGCUCGUGAGCGCUAUCUCCGAGCUAUCUUUGAAGGACGCCACAGUCGGCGCCUUCGCUGUAGCCUUUGCGCCGCUGCGGCCGCGGCCCACGCCAGGCGUGCCUCGGGCGCUCGUCAGCGCUAUCUCCGAGCUAUCUUUGAAGGACGCCACAGUCGGCGCCUUCGCUGUAGCCUUUGCGCCCGCUGCGGCCGCGCCCACGCCAGGCGUGCCUCGGGCGCUCGUGAGCGCUAUCUCCGAGCUAUCUUUGAAGGACGCCACAGUCGGCGCUUUCGCUGUAGCCUUUGCGCCCGCUGCGGCCGCCGCCCACGCCAGGCGUGCCUCGGGCGCUCGUGAGCGCUAUCUCCGAGCUAUCUUUGAAGGCGUGCCUCGGGCGCUCGUGAGCGCUAUCUACGAGCUAUCUUUGAAGGACGCCACAGUCGGCGCCUUCGCUGUAGCCUUUGCGCCCGCUGCGGCCGCGGCCCACUGCUGCUUCAAUCCGCACGAGGCUGGGAAGAAGGCGCAGGCCAAGUUCAACGGUCGCUGCAUGUGGUGCUCGCCGGUGCGCCUCGAGACGGUCUGCAAGGACGCGCGGCAGUCCAAGUUGGCGGCGAGGUUCUUGGUCAUUCUGAACGACUUGGACAAAGGCAUCUUCGACGUGGCCGCGGAGCGUCUCGCCGCGCACGAGAACGGCAGCGAGAUCGUGGACCGCGCCAGCGCCAUCCUGGCCGAGCGCGCGGAGGUCGUCGACCAGCAGCCGGCCGUGGCAGCAGCGGCGGCUGAGGAGGACCUGCCGGAGCCGAAUGAGGGAGACCAGGGCGACGUCGCCAUGCAGCUUGCCGAGGAGGAAACCGCUGGCGCCAUGGGGCCCGCCGAGGAGGCUGCCGCGGCCGAGCCGCCGCCAGUGCCCGCUGAAGGCGAGAGCGCGCAGGGCGAGCGGCCGCCGCCUGCGCCGCGCUGUGCUCGGCGGCUGUGCGAGGGGUACGCCUUGGCGCAGGCUAUGGGGCGAAAGCUCAGGGCCAAGCAGGAGAGUGGCGUUUGCGUCUUCUCGACGGUGAAGCCAGGGCUUCGCGCGAGAGCAGCAGACGGCCACUGCGUGUUCUCCACGCCAGAGCGCAUGAAGGAGGCCGUUGGGAAUCCAAAGAAGCAGAGCAACGUGGUUUCCGCUCUGAAGAAGUUCGAGCAGGAAAAGCCUGCGGCCGAGAAUCAGAAGCCCGAGAUCUACCAGAAGGCGCUGGGCAGGCUCCGCAGGCACCUGACCGUGGAGGAGUUCAAGACCAUUGUGACGCCGAAGCAUUGCUGCCGGGGGGCUGGCGCAGACAUGUGCAUCUUCAACACCAGAUUGCCAGGGAAGCCUGCGCUUGUGAAGAAGAGCGACAACAGCUUGUGCAGUUGGUGCGAUCCUGGGCGGCUGCGCACCAUGCAGACGAGCAGGGCUGGCGGCAUCUUGGCACAGCUAAAAGUGUUCCACGAGAAGAACCCAGUGGUGUCAGCGAAAGCCAAGGAGAUUGCAAGAGGGGUCUUCGGGGACGACUACGUGGCGAAGCUGCAGCAGAAGCGCGUCAGGGCGUUCCAACAAAAGGCCCGGCACCUCCGGCGACAUGGCGACCAGAAGAAGCAGUGGGCCGAGGCAUUGAAGACACGGCAUCUGCAGAUGGCACCGCCCCACGAGGAUCGCGAGGCGCGGAAGAGGUACCGCGCUGGCGUACUGGCCGACCAGAAGAAGAUCAUGAAUUCUUUCUUUCCCGAGGAGGCAGAGAGGAGGCCGCGCGGGCGCGCGGACGAGGUCCCGAAGCCAGACGACGUGCUCCCGCCGCUGAAGGACGCGACCCACUCCGAUCUGUCGGCGGGGCUGCGGUCAUGGUUGGAGCGCGGUUCCUGGGGCAAGUGCAGGACCUGCGGUUGCUUGCAGCCGCGGCCGAUGCACGAGAUUGACCUGGCGGGCGACCCGAAGGUGGAGAUACCGCAGAAGCAGUGUCGACGAUGCAACGCUGGGCGGGACUACUGGGCGCCCUGUCCUGACGACGUGCCGAAGCCUCUCCGCAAUCUCUCAGAGGACAUCGUGCAAGCUUUGAGGCCCGUCGAGAUCGACGUGGGGCCAGAGACGCGCUCCACGGACAGCCUUGGCCGCUGGAACGGGUACCGCAAGAAGGUGAAGAUGGUGACGUUCUAUUUCUCCAAAUGGCGCGUCGUGGACAAAAUCGGGGAACUGGAGGGGAAGGAUGCCCGGAGCACGGCCCGGAAGGCUCACAGGUAUCUCAUGUCUUGCGACGAGUCUGCGUAUCGGCGGUUCCACGAUAUGCACGAGACAUUCAUGAACAAGCACGGGGAGGACGCUGAGGACAGGAAACGCAGGCGGCCGUAUCAUUUCCUCCAGGAAGUUGGCCUCGAAUGCGCCCUGUGGCCGCAGCUGUAUUGGCGCGAGGACAUGACAGAGACCCAUGAGCAAUGGUCCGACGUGCGCCGCGAGGAGAACCGCGAGGCGAAGGACCCGAAGAAGAAGCGCGCCAGGUACGGCGACGACAGCGAGGAGUCGGCCUGCGAGGAUGCAGAGGAAGACGAGGAAAGGGGCGGUCAGCGCACGAGCGUGAAGCGCUCGUUUAUAGCCAAGUGCAUGUCUGACCUGAUCGGCUACCAAGGCAAUUUCGAACUCCUCCAGUUCGUCUUCGACUUGAACUUGUGGGCCACUCUGGGCGCGAAGAAAAACCUGAAUCUGGAGAACGUACCCAUGCGCAUCCGCAUGAAGGGCCAUCCCUUCUCCCCGCUAUACUGGAAGGACACGCUGAACGCGUUGGUGGAUCUCGUGCGACAGGUUGGCCUUCCGAAGCUCUUCUUCACGAUAGCGCCGUGGGAGCAGUCAUUCCCGUACCACGAGUGGCUCCGCGACGAGAUGCACAAGACGCUGAAGACGCGAAUGCAUCUGCCCGUGGGCGAGACCUUGCACAUUACCCAUUCCCUUAUGCAGAUCGUCCGCGGGGUGAUUGCGGGAAACAACCAGCAGAGCCAGGGCCGGGCGGACCGAAGGUGGAAGAAGCAUGUGUUCUCGAGCAAGACCGAGGACGGCGUCGGGAACAAGAGUGUCAUCUCGUUCACGCGCGUGGAGUUCCAGGAUGGCAGCCGCAAAGAAGGGACGAAGCGCUACGACGGAUCUGGGCGGCCGCAUUUGCACGUGCUCUUCUUCGCCGACGAAGACGUAUUGGCUGACGCAAAGCUCGAGCAGCACAUCUUCGCUUCGAAGAGCGACGAGUUCAGCGACCACCUCAAGGGCUACAUCGACGGCUCCCAGUUGGACAAGCGCGGCAAGUCGGAGAGCAAGUGGCCCGUGUACAAUGGAGAGCCAGGGUACCACGUCCAGGCAGAGAAGCUGCUGCUCCAGCAUUCUAGUGCCGACAAAGAAGCCGGCCUGCGCGCCUUCUGCGUGGACGUCAUGGACGCGGUUCCGAUUCACCAGGAUUGGUUGGAAUCGGAUGGGGACGUGGCUCGCAGGGUUUGCUUCGAGUACCGCCCGUACGAGCCCGAAAUGAUUUUGCAGCUCUGCGGCGCGCAGUACCGCCAGGUGGACCUGUCGACGGUGAGCGGGGGCUGGAAGUCGGUGGCGGCUCCUUACGUCGGCAUGCAGGAGACGCCGGCGUGGGUGAAGAAGUACGAGAGCUGCCCGUGGCGCAGCGAGGAAAUGUGCUUGCUGGACUGGCUGCGCAAGACGAACGACUCUGGCGAGAUCGCGGGCUGGCUGAAAGCUCGCCACCAGAAGGCCUUGUGCGAAGCUGCGUACGAGCAUCACUGCGGCACGAUGACGCCUGGCACAGAGCCGCCGUCGCAGACUGCAUUUCGAACCGAUCUGCGGAAGCAGUACAAGCAGAGCGACGAGAGCGCCCCCUUCGUAGAGUGGAUGAAAGAGAUAUCCGUGCGCGCGGGCGCGAGCGUGGCCGACUUCCCGACGCUGGAGGAGUACGCGCGGACCUACACUGUCAGAGGAGAGAAGAUAGUGGCGGUGGACACGGUGUUCGAGUUCAACGAUCGUUACUACGGCCAGUGGGCGGCGAUGAACGUCCCGUUCCGGAACUUGGAGGACUUGCAGUGUGAGGUGGUGCAGAGGCUCGUGCCAUCGAAGUAUCAGCAUCUCGCCACAGCGCUGAAACUCUGCAGCGAUCGUCAGAGAGUGUCCGAAGAGUUCCAGGACAUCUUUGUCGACCAGGCGAAGUUCAUGAAUCUUAUGAAGGUCGCUGGCAAUUCCCAGAAAUUCAGCGAAGCCGUGCAUCGCAUGAUCGUCGGGCAGAGAAAGCUCAUCGACAUGUACCUCACGGGCGUGCUGAACAAGGAGGACGAGAAAGGUGGACUGGACGCCGAGGCCGUGGCGAUGGGCAACCGAAGACACGCGCGUGAGGAUGCGCAGGGCGACGUGGUCUUCCUCCGGAAACAACUGCAGUUCGAAGAGGCGGUGAACGACAGCGUGGACCGUGCCCUGCUGGCCAAUCACUCGGAGGACUGGGAGAUGGCAGAUCAGGCGCGGGAGGAGGCUUUCGAAAGAAACAAACCUAUCAUCUGUCUGGGGAAGCCAGGGACAGGGAAGACCACUGUGGUAAAGGCUUGCAUCCGCCGCGCACAGGAGGGAGGCGGCCGCGUGUUGUUCGCCCUCCCGACCGCGCAGCUGUCGAGCCGCAUGAAGCAAGUGCUGCAGGAUCUGGAGGGAGUGGAGAUAGCGACAUGCCAUGCCGCCUUCAAGCUGAAUCAGCCGAUCACCGAGGCGCUCCCGCUCAUGACCGUGUACGACUUGGUGGUGGUGGACGAGGUGUCGCUCCUGGAUUGCCCGCAGUUCGAGCGCAUGCUGAAACUGUGGAGCGUGGCGGAGAAAGUGCCGGCUCUGGUUUUCCUAGGAGAUAAGUAUCAGCUUCCGGGUGUCGGAGAGACACGCCCGUGGGAAAGCUGCGCGUGGGAUCGCCCGAGGUGCUAUCACGUCAAACUGGACGAGACAUGGCGCUGCAAGGAGCAGCGCUUCCAGGACAUUCUGGACGAACUCCGCACAAGCAAGCCAUCGAAGGACACGCUACACAAGAUCUGCCGCGGUCGCAAGGCGUGGAAGAGCGGGGAGCCGACCCCAGCGGACCUGAAGGCGCUGUUUGAAAAGCACCCGGACACGCGGAUUGUGACCUGCACGCGCAAGGGUGCCGCCACCGUGAACGCGGCGGCCAUCGUUGCUCUCUACGGCCGGAAGAGCCCCCUGGCCACUCUCCCCGGGGACGUGGAGCUGAACCCGGAGAACUACUGGGACGGCAAGUUCCGCACCGACCGCCAGCCCAUUCCCAGCGCUGUCCCCGUGUACAAGAGGAUGAUGGUGUACCUGACGAAGAACGUGCGGAAAGAGGAUGACUUCGUGAACGGGAUGCUGUGCGAGGUGGAGAACUACCAUGCAGAAGAGGACAUGCUGCGCGUGCGGACGAAGACAGGUCACCGUCUGGCAAUUUCUCGGUGGACCGACCGGGAGAAAGGGAAUGCCGUUUACUUUCCCAUACGCCCAGGGUACGCGAGCACAAUCGACAAGGUGCAGGGCGAUGAGUUUCGGCAUAUCACGAUUUACCUCGACGGCUAUCCCAGGCCGGCGGCGGGGUACACUGCCUUGAGCCGCGUCGCCACGUCGGACGACUACCUCAUUGGUGGCCACGUGGAGCGAGGUAAUUUCAUUCCCGCAUUCUGAGGCGACCGAGUGCGAACGCAGCGCCACAGGCAGCUCAGCGCGGCUGCGGAUGGCCACAGGCAACACCAAAUUUCGAGGAGCGCGCUUCAUGCAGUCGGCGCGAU